AUGGGCAACUGCACCUACACCCUCUCCCAGCUGUGUGACUCCAACAUCUCCCUCCUGCCCUAUUUCAAUGUGGAAGCGACAAAUGAACACAGAUGGGGCAACACCCAGGUGUCCUAUGUUAGAAGCGUGGACGCUGAUGUCCACGGCAUCCGGGUCAAUGGAAAGGAAGCCGAUGUCCCCUCCACACCAACACCCGGUGUGUACAUCUGGCCCAGUGGCUUCUACACAGUGGUUUCAACCGACUUUGGGUUGAGAGUCAAAUUUGAUGGAGACCAUCAAGUGGAAGUGACUCUCCCAAGCACCUACAAGGGCAAAGUGUGUGGUUUGUGUGGCAACUACAAUGACAACCCCGCCGAUGAUUUCCACAAUCCCCGUGGAGAACAAGAGCCAGAUUCCACCAGCCUGGGGAACAGCUGGCUGGUCUCCAACCUCACCAAUUGUUCUUCAGGGCUCGAUCCUGUCUGCUCAGAAUCUGUGAUGGAAGCAGCUCAGAGCAGCCGUUUCUGUGGACUCAUUACAGAUGCCACGGGGCCAUUCAGGCAUUGCUAUGGCACUUUGGACCCAACAGGACAUUUCACUAGCUGUGUUUAUGAUCAGUGUGCUCUGCCCCAGGAUCCUGGAUCCCUUUGCAGGAACCUACAAUCUUAUGCAGAUGCCUGCAAGUCCCACGGCAUUCAUGUCGAACUCUGGAGGAAUGCCACCUUCUGCCCCAUCUCCUGUGCACCCAAUAGCCACUACGAGCCAUGUGCCAAUGCCUGUCCUGGUACCUGUGUGGAUCCGACAGCUCCUGGCACCUGCAGCCUUCCAUGUACAGAGGCCUGUGUCUGUGACAGUGGGUUCCUCCUCCACAGUGGCACCUGUGUGCCCAGCCAUCAGUGUGGAUGCUGGGAGAAGGGCAAGCACUACCCU